AUGGCGUCGCAGUCGCUCCCCGCUCCGACCUCUCCGUUCGUGGGGCGCAAGCGUCGCAUCGACUGCGACUCACAGCCGCAGACCCCAGUGCGUCGCCGCAAGGUUAGCACCUCCCGGGAUAAGCAAGUGUUAAAGCGACAGGGUGCCGGCAAUUCUCUAACCAAGACACAAGACGGCAACAAGCAACAAAAAUCGCCAGGCACGGUCCUCCUCAGCAGUCCAACCGACGUGUCCAACGCUUCGGUGGUGGUGCAAGUGCAACAAGUUUGUGCCAAAGAGGCAAAAGCAAGUGGUUUGCCAAUCCUUUCACUUGCACCUCCUCCGAAGAUCGUGACAAAAGUUGAUCCACAACAAGAAGAAGUGUCCGAGGUUGAAGCUGAAGAGGAGGCCGAGGCGUUAACACCUCGCCCCUCACUCCCAGUGCGUCGAAGACCCCCACCGCGGCCCCCACUGAGCCGGAGACGAGCUGUCACCGUGAACCGAGCGAGGUUCGGCGUGGGCAUCGUCCGCUGUCGCAAUUGGGGACUCAACAACGGGGAGGAGACGGAAACAGAGGACGAGAGUCCCCCGUCGUCCCCACCGAGUGGCAGUUUGCAAAUGUUCGGACGAGACGAAGGAUGA